AAUAUAUGUAUUUGCCUCCAACUCUGAAGUUUAUUACAAACAAACAGAAACAAAGGCGACUUUGCGUGCUGCAUUGUUUUCAUUUGAAUUUACAUUUACUGUAGUUGACAGUUUUGUCUCUCGUGGUUGAUCACAAAUUUAAUCCGCAGAGAACAAACAAUAGUAUCGAAUCGAUACCGAGAUUUAUUAGCUGCCUGUUCCAGACCUUGCAAGUCGUUAUUUCAAAAUUUCAGAACAUCCCUACAAAAGCUCGUCGCUUUACAUCGUGGUCCCGCGAUAAUGGGAAUACAACCUCGAGCUGGAUCGCUAGCCGACACUAACGGCACCAACGGAACAAAUGGCGAAACGAAUAGGCGGAAAGCGCCCUUGGACAUUGAAGAGAUCUUACGCAAAAAGAAAGAGGCAAACGAAGCUGCUGCGAAACCACGAUUUAUCCCUAAGGCUGAGCGCGAGCGCUUAGCUGCAGAAAAGCAAAAGGAAGAGGAAGAGAAGCGAAAACGGAAGGCAGAAGAAGAAGCCUGGAAUAAACCCAACGGGAGAUCCACAGCCGCGUCAGGACUCGAUGGACGGCGCGCGGAUCGUCGCGACAGAGAUCAUGCACCAAUCGUUCCGACCGGACCUCGUGCUAUGCGCCAAACUGGAAAUGACAGGCGCGAUCCCGACGACCGCGGAAGUGGCGAUGCGCGAGGGAAAUCAAGGGGAAAGAAGGCAGUGGCUGGGGAGAAGCGGGCGGCACCGGAAGAAGCAGAGGCAGCCUUAAUAAGAGCACGAUAUAUGGGCCCCGAAAUGAAUCAGUCUACGUUUUCGGCUAAGAAGAAACGGAGACGAACAACAGAAAAAAAGUUCAAUUUCGAGUGGGAUGCGGAAGAGGACACAACACAAGAUCACAACCCUAUCUACGCAGAGAGGGCUGAGCCCACCUUCUUCGGAAGAGGAAGGCUGGCUGGAUUUGGUGACGACAUGACGGAGGAGAAUGCCAAGAAAUAUGCCAUGUCUUUGAUCGAGCGCGAUCCUGAGAACGGAGAGCAACGAGCACGGGAAUUACUAGAUAUGAUGCAAAAGGCGAAGGAGAGGGCCAACCGCAACGGCUUAGGGAAGCACUGGUCCGAGAAGAAGCUGGAAGAUAUGCGUGAACGAGAUUGGCGUAUCUUCAAAGAAGACUUUGGUAUCUCUACCAAGGGCGGGCUCAUUCCAAAUCCAAUGCGAAAUUGGCAGGAAUCGGGCUUGCCCCGUCGUUUGUUAGAUAUUAUCCACAAAGUUGGGUACGACGAGCCGACUCCGGUCCAGCGUGCUGCAAUCCCUAUCGCUUUACAGGCGAGAGAUCUAAUCGGUGUAGCCGUCACCGGUUCAGGAAAAACGGCUGCCUUCCUACUACCUCUUCUAGUAUACAUUUCGGAAUUACCACCAUUAACUGAAAUCACCAAGAAUGAAGGCCCAUACUCGUUAAUCAUAGCUCCAACGCGAGAAUUAGUUCAACAGAUCGAAUCAGAAGCCAAGAAGUUCGCUAUUCCGCUAGGCUUUACCGUUGUUAGUCUUGUUGGUGGCCAUUCGCUCGAAGAGCAGGCAUUUGCUCUAAGGAACGGCGCCGAAAUUAUCGUUGCUACACCUGGUCGUCUUGUCGAUUGUAUCGAACGACGUCUCCUAGUGCUAUCUCAAUGUUGUUACAUUAUCAUGGAUGAAGCCGAUCGUAUGAUUGAUAUGGGUUUUGAAGAACCCGUCAAUAAGAUCUUAGACGCGCUCCCCGUCACCAACGAGAAGCCGGAUUCCGACGCGGCCGAAAAUGCGCAAUUAAUGAGCCGGCAUCUCGGCGGCAAGGAUCGAUAUCGACAAACGAUGAUGUACACAGCCACCAUGCCGGCGGCUGUUGAGAAGAUCGCAAAGAAAUAUCUGCGCCGACCCGCCACCGUAACUAUCGGCAACGCAGGCGAAGCUGUAGAUACGGUUGAGCAACGAGUCGAAUUUGUCCCAGGGGAGGACCGCCGCAAGAAGCGGUUACAGGAGAUUCUAUCAUCCAACGAAUUCGCGCCCCCUAUUAUCGUGUUCGUGAAUAUCAAACGCAACUGCGACGCCGUCGCUCGAGAAAUCAAGCAUAUGGGCUUCUCAGCGGUCACGCUCCACGGCAGCAAGACCCAGGAACAGCGAGAACAGGCACUGGCCUCGGUGCGCAACGGCACGACGGAUGUUUUGGUUGCGACGGAUCUUGCUGGUCGUGGUAUCGAUGUUCCAGACGUAUCUCUCGUCGUCAAUUUCAACAUGGCCACCAGUAUCGAAAGCUACACGCAUCGUAUCGGUCGCACGGGUCGUGCUGGCAAGAGUGGUGUUGCCAUCACGUUCUUAGGCAAUGAAGAUGCAGACGUUAUGUAUGACCUACGGCAGAUGCUCUCGAAGAGCUCGAUAUCCAGGGUGCCGGAAGAACUACGCAGGCAUGAGGCUGCACAGCAGAAGCCAAAUAAAGGACCCAAGAAGCUUGAGGAAAAGGGGUUCGGCGGUAAAGGUGGUGGAUGGGAUUAAGAUAUUAUCUUAACUAAACGUUAACCGGAUUAGGAAACUCAGUUGUACGUGAUAUCUAACAUAUUUCUAUUAAAUAUAUUAUUGAAAAAGAAGGUAUU